GCGGCCGGCAAAGCUCCACAGCUGACGGCCGGGCCUGGCGGCCAUGGCGCCGGCGGCGCGCCAGCGGCCGGCGGUGGCGGCGCCAGUUCGCAGCCCGCCGACAAGCCCCUGAGCUCGGCCUGGGCGGCGGCGCUCGGCGCCACCACCACCAUGCAGAACGGCGAGAAGCCGGGCGAGCCGGCGCGGCGCGCGCCACGCCGCCCGGUCAAGGUGCAGCCCGACCGGCCGCCGCGCGCCCUCUUCUGCCUCGGCCUGAAGAACCCGCUCCGGCAGGCCUGCAUUCGCAUCGUCGAGUGGAAGCCGUUCGAGACGCUCAUCCUGCUGACGAUCUUCGCUAACUGCGCGGCGCUGGCCGUGUACACGCCGUAUCCCAACGGCGACUCCAACAACACCAACUCGAUCCUGGAGCGGAUCGAGUACAUUUUCCUGGUGAUCUUCACGACAGAGUGCGUCAUGAGGAUCAUAGCUUACGGCUUUGUGUUACAUCCAGGCGCGUACUUACGCAAUGUCUGGAAUAUCCUCGAUUUUAGCAUAGUUGUUAUAGGUAUCGUCAGCACGGCGCUCUCUUCGCUUAUAGAGGAGGGCUUCGACGUGAAGGCGCUGCGAGCGUUUCGGGUGCUGAGGCCGCUGCGACUGGUGUCCGGAGUACCGAGUCUGCAGGUGGUCCUUAACUCCAUCCUGCGAGCCAUGGUGCCUUUGCUUCACAUAGCGCUCCUUGUGAUAUUCGUCAUCAUCAUCUAUGCCAUUAUCGGGCUGGAGCUGUUCAAGGGCAAGCUCCAUCAGACCUGUUUCCACAACGUGACAGGUGAAAUGAUGGAGACGCCGCCGCCGUGCGCCAUGACCGACAGCAGCGGCUACCAUUGUCCUGCGUUGUACGAGUGUCGGGACGGUUGGGUCGGCCCCAACUUCGGCAUCACCAACUUCGACAACUUCGGCCUGGCCAUGCUGACCGUGUUCCAGUGCAUCACCAUGGAGGGCUGGACGGACGUCAUGUAUUACAUGAAUGACGCGCUCGGCAGCAGCUGGCCGUGGAUCUAUUUCUUGACCCUCAUCAUCCUGGGCUCCUUCUUUGUGCUUAACCUCGUCCUUGGUGUGCUAAGCGGAGAGUUCUCCAAGGAGCGCGAGAAGGCCAAGGCGCGCGGAGACUUCCAGAAGCUGCGCGAGAAGCAGCAGCUGGAGGAGGACCUGCGCGGCUACCUGGACUGGAUCACGCAGGCCGAGUACCUCGAGCCGGAAGACGAGGCGCAGGGCGAUGAGACCAAGCUGCACGACAAUGUGGAGGAGGACGACCCGCAGGCGGAGGACGGCGACCCUGUCGACAGCCGGCAGCUCUCCUGCUGGGCCAAGAAGCGCAAGGGCUUUGAGAAGUGGAACCGCCGGAUGAAGCGGUCCUUCCGCACGGCCGUCAAGUCGCAGUCCUUCUACUGGCUCAUCAUUCUGCUGGUGUUCCUGAACACGGGCGUGCUGGCCACCGAACACUACAAUCAGCCCAAGUGGCUGGACAAGUUCCAGGAGAUAACCAACCUGUUUUUCAUCGUGCUUUUUACAAUUGAGAUGCUCAUCAAAAUGUACGCUCUCGGAUUCCAGAGCUAUUUCGUGUCGCUGUUCAACCGCUUCGACUGUUUCGUGGUGAUCAGCAGCAUCAUGGAGGUGCUGCUGACAAAGACUGGCGUCAUGCCGCCUCUGGGCGUGUCCGUGCUCCGCUGCGUCCGCCUCUUGCGCGUGUUCAAGGUCACCAGGUACUGGAGAUCGCUCUCCAACCUGGUGGCCUCGCUCCUCAACUCAAUCCAGUCGAUCGCCUCCCUGCUCCUGCUCCUCUUCCUCUUUAUCGUCAUCUUCGCCCUGCUCGGUAUGCAAGUUUUCGGCGGCAAGUUUAAUUUUGACUCGACGACGGCCAAGCCGCGCAGCAACUUCGAUACUUUUGUGCAGAGUUUGUUGACCGUGUUCCAGAUUCUGACCGGUGAGGACUGGAACGUGGUGAUGUACCAUGGCAUCGAGGCUUACGGCGGCGUGGGUGGCUUCGGCGCCCUGGCUUGCUCGUACUUCAUCAUCCUCUUUAUCUGCGGCAACUAUAUUCUGCUCAACGUUUUCCUGGCCAUCGCCGUCGACAACCUGGCCGACGCCGAGUCUCUGACGGCGAUAGAGAAGGAGGAGGAGGAGGAGGGCUAUCAGUACCAAGACGAGUUUAAGGCGCGCUCGCGGUCGCGCAGCGGCUCCCCUCGGAAAGACGGCGACCGGCUGGACGAACCGGCCGUGGAGCAGGACCACUCGCAGUAUGGCUCCCAGAAGCUGGCGGAGCUCAACCAUGUGGGUGUCGAUAGAGUGGGAAGUCAAACCAGCGUCGAGAUGGGAGAGGAAGAGAUGGAAGACGAAGGCUACGACAAUUACGACGAAGAUGGCGCCGGCCGUCGGCGCGGCUCAGACGAUGGCAGCGGUAGCGGCGUCGACGUGGACGAGCUGCCGCCCACCAUGCGGCCGCGCCGGCUCUCGCAGCUCUCCAUCAAAACCAAAGUCAAACCGAUGCCGCAGUACAGUAGUUUCUUUGUGUUCGCGCCGGACAACAGGUUCCGCAUCUUCUGCCACUGGUUCUGCAACCACUCGUACUUCAGCAACGUGAUCCUGGUGUGCAUCCUGGUGUCGUCGGCCAUGUUGGCCGCCGAGGACCCGCUCGAUGGCAAAUCGGAGAGGAACCGGAUCCUGAACUACUUCGACUACUUCUUCACGACUGUCUUCACGGUGGAGAUCGGGUUCAAGGUGAUCGCGUACGGCUUCAUCCUGCACCCGGGCUCGUUCUGCCGCUCGGCCUUCAGCCUGCUCGACCUGCUGGUGGUGACCGUCUCGCUCAUCUCCUUCGUGUUCAGCUCCGGCGCCAUCUCAGUGGUGAAGAUCCUGCGUGUGGCGCGUGUGCUCCGGCCGCUGCGGGCCAUCAACAGAGCCAAGGGACUCAAGCACGUGGUGCAGUGCGUGAUCGUGGCCAUCAAGACCAUCUGGAACAUCAUGCUGGUCACCUGCCUGCUGGAGUUUAUGUUCGCCGUGAUCGGCGUCCAGCUGUUCAAGGGCAAGUUCUUCAUGUGCAACGACAACUCGAAGCUGGUGGAGGAGGACUGCCAGGGCGAGUACAUCGAGUUCAUGGACGGUGACGUCACCCGGCCGGUGAUCGUCCAGCGCGAGUGGAUCCCCAACACGUUCCACUUCGACAACGUGGGCAAGGCCAUGCUCACUCUCUUCACCGUCUCCACCUUCGAGGGCUGGCCCGGGCUGCUGUACACCUCGAUCGACUCGCACACGGAGAACGAGGGCCCCAUCUACAACUACCGGCCGAUGGUGGCCGUAUACUACUUCAUCUACAUCAUCAUCAUCGCCUUCUUCAUGGUCAACAUCUUCGUCGGUUUCGUUAUCGUCACAUUCCAGAGCGAGGGAGAGCAAGAAUACAAAAACAUUGACCUGGACAAGAAUCAGCGCAACUGCAUCGAGUUCGCGCUGAAGGCGCGCCCCGUUCGGCGCUACAUCCCCAAGCACCGGCUGCAGUACCGCGUCUGGUGGUUCGUCACCUCACAGCCGUUCGAGUACUUCAUCUUCGUGCUCAUCCUCUGCAACACCAUCACGCUGGCGAUGGGCUUCUACCAGCAGCCGGAUGAGUACACCGAGGCGCUGGACGUGCUCAACCUCAUCUUCUCGUCGGCGUUCGCCGUCGAGUGUGUCCUCAAGCUGAUGGCCUUCCGCUUCAAGAACUAUUUCAGCGAUCCGUGGAACGUGUUUGACUUCAUCAUCGUGCUGGGCUCGUUCAUAGACAUCAUCCUCGGAGAUCUGUUGCCCAGCAAGCAGAUGAUCAGCAUCAACUUCUUCCGGCUGUUCCGCGUGAUGCGCCUGAUCAAGCUGCUGUCACGCGGCGAGGGCAUCCGCACGCUGCUCUGGACCUUCAUCAAGUCGUUCCAGGCGCUGCCGUACGUGGCGCUGCUCAUCGUCAUGCUCUUCUUCAUCUACGCCGUGGUCGGCAUGCAGGUGUUCGGCAAGAUCGCCAUCGAUGACGACUCGUCGAUACACCGCAACAACAACUUCCAGACGUUCCCGCAGGCGGUUCUGGUGCUCUUCCGCUCUGCCACCGGUGAGGCGUGGCAGGACAUCAUGCUGGCCUGCCAGGAUGGGCUUUGUGACGAGCACUCGGACGAGUCGCCGACGUCCAAGUGUGGCACCGUCUUCGCCGUACCGUACUUCGUCAGCUUCUACGUCCUCUGCUCCUUCCUGGUGAUCAACCUGUUCGUGGCCGUCAUCAUGGACAACUUCGACUACCUGACGCGCGACUGGUCCAUCCUGGGUCCGCACCACCUGGACGAGUUCGUGCGCCUCUGGUCCGAGUACGACCCGGACGCCAAGGGCCGCAUCAAGCACGUGGACGUGGUUACGCUGCUGCGCAAGAUCUCGCCGCCGCUCGGCUUCGGCAAGCUCUGCCCGCACCGGGUGGCUUGCAAGCGGCUCGUCUCCAUGAACAUGCCGCUGAACGCCGACGGCACCGUCAUGUUCAACGCCACGCUGUUCGCCGUGGUGCGCACGUCGCUGCGCAUCAAGACGGACGGCAACAUCGACGACAUGAACACCGAGCUGCGCGCCAUCAUCAAGAAAGUGUGGAAGCGCACGUCGCCGAAGCUGCUGGAUCAAGUGGUCCCGCCACCAGGCGUGGAGGACGACGUGACGGUGGGCAAGUUCUACGCCACCUUCCUCAUCCAGGACUACUUCCGCAAGUUCAAGAAGAAGAAGAAGGACGAGCACUCGCGCGCGCAGGGCGAGGCCGACACGACGACCGUGACGCUGCAGGCGGGCUUGCGCACUCUGCACGAGGCUGGGCCCGAGCUGAAGCGCGCCAUCUCCGGCAACCUGGACCAGAUGCUGGCGGAGGACACGCCCAUGCACCGGCGCAAUCACAUGCUGUUCGGCCGGGUGUGGUCGAGUUUCCGCAGCAAGAACCGCCAGGCGAGAGCCGCGCGGUCGGCAGCGCCGGCUACAACCAACAACGGCCACCACCUGCCGGUGAACGGCGGCGGCGUGGCCCGCAGCAGUUCCGGCGACGGCGAGACAAUCCCGCUACAGACCCUGCAGCCGCCCGGCAGAACGUCUGCGAAUUUUUUGAGCCCUAACGAUGUGCCGAGCAGCCACCGCCGGCCGGGCGGUGAGGGCGCGGCCGGCGGCGGCGCCCUGUCGCGCUCGGUGCCCAGCAGCCCGCACCAGCGCCACGUCCGGCCCGACCGGCCCCUCUCGGAGGUGGUCGGGUCUGCCGACAGUCUCGUCGGCCGGGUGCUGGCUGACCAGGGCCUGGGCGCCUACUGCGACGACCCGCAGUUCGUGCGCACCGCCAGCCGAGAGCUGCAGGAGGCCAUGGACAUGACGCCCGAGCAGCUGGACCGGGCGGCGCACGCCCUGCUCACGCGCACGCCCUCGCCCCGGUAGCGGCGCCUCCCCGCUCGCCCUCGCCCGGCGGCCACAAGUGCCUCUGCAGGCGGCGCGCCCCGCCCCGCCCCCCACUUUGUGAUACGCCCGGCGCGCGCGCGCGUUCCGCCGCUCCAGUCUAGUCCCUCUCUGCUCAGGAGGCGAUGCCCGGCGUCCGCUCAGGCCCCGCCGCCCCGGCGCGCGCCCGGACUCCCCGUUUUUGUACCGUAGUCGGCUCGGUAGCGCCGAGCGACCUGGCGUGUUGGUGAGAGGGUAUACUGUCUCCGGAGGUCGUUUGUACAUAGCGGUUCUCGCUCUGAGGUGCGGCACCGCCGGGGUACCGCUCCGGCGGAGGCGGCGCCCAGCGAGAUCAUGGACCAUUAUAUGUCUUUCCCAUCAACCGUCGCUUGCACUCUAACGUCUCGGCCAACUAGUCCCACAGCGCGCCGGCUGCUGGCCAGUGCCUGAGGUUACCAGCACAAACCAUUCGUCCAUUUUUCACCUUGUCGUCGUUGGUGACGUCACUGGCGUUUCUCGUCGUUGAUUGGCUGCGCUUUUUGAUUGGCUGCAGCGUCGCCUUUUAACCCGGCUAGGUCUGGCUCGCUCCCGGGCAUCCACGGCCGACCUCGCCCCGGAACCUUUAGAAAUGUUGCUGCUGGAUCAGGAACUUAGUACAUGUUGACGGCGGCGCGGUCCGCGUGGUUUGAAGGGCGCGUUUGUUGCGCAGUAUUUGUCGCUUAAGGCAUGCCCCGUUUUUGCAUCGUUUGCAAGGUUUUGUGAUGGGCGACGGGGCGAGUUCCCUGCAUGGAGGCGUGCGACGGCCGCGCGGUUGGACGAUGGGUUUCGUACUUUGCCUCACGCGUGUGUGUGUCGUGUUUGGAGCCCGCCCCCGCCCGUGGCCGCGGGGCCGGCCGCUACACAGUGCAAUCGGGCUGGUCUGAGCCGCCCGCUGUGGCGCCCCGCCAGCGGCUGGCGGGGCGCGCGGCGCCCCCACCACCCGCCUCUCGCCGCGCCGCCGCGCCUGCCCGCCACAGUGGUGCCAAAGCGGGCCGGGCGGCGGCGGCGCGGCCGGCCCGCUUCGUCCGGCCGAAUACUCAGUGGCGGCACGAGCCUGCCGCGCCCAAUCAAAAUAGGCGCCGCCGCGCCGGCCGGCCGGCGCCGUGGUGCGCCUCAUUGGACAUUUAUCGCGAGGCAAGUCUUACUCCAGCGACGUAAUACAUACUGUCCUCCCAGGA